GGGAUCUGCGAGUCCACCGCGUGUCACUGAGAGUCCGCACAAGCGCGUGUAGAUGUUGUUGAGGUUAAACGCGUGUGUUUUACCUCAGUUUACACCUCUGUCACUGUCUCUGGUUUAUUUAAGCGUUUAAAGAGUAAAACUUUAGCACUGAUAAUGAUGCACAGCUCACAGAAAGACACGACUUACACGAAGAUCUUCGUGGGCGGUUUGCCGUAUCACACCACAGACUCGAGCCUGAGGAAAUACUUUGAGGUGUUUGGAGAAAUCGACGAAGCUGUGGUCAUCACAGACAGACAGACUGGGAAAUCCAGGGGUUAUGGGUUUGUGACGAUGUCUGACCGCGCAGGCGCAGAACGAGCCUGUAAAGACCCUAACCCUAUUAUAGAUGGGAGAAAAGCUAAUGUGAACCUGGCUUACCUGGGAGCCAAACCGCGGGUUAUUCAGCCAGGGUUUUCAUUUGGUGUCCCUCAAAUUCAUCCUACAUUUAUCCAACGGCCUUAUGGAGAUAGUGAAGAUGAUCAAUCAUCAUUACUGUAUCCGUCCCCUUUCCGCCAAGUCAUGAGGAUUCCUGCUCACUACGUGUACCCGCAGGCGUUUGUCCAGCCCAGUGUGGUGAUCCCUCACAUCCAGCCGUCGGCCACCGCGGCAGCAGCCUCUCCGUACCUGGAUUACACCGGCGCGGCGUACGCCCAGUACUCGGCCGCGACUGCCGCCGCAGCAGCUGCUGCAUAUGAGCAGUACCCGUACGCCGCCUCCCCGGCACCCACCGGUUACGUCGCUACGACCGGCUACGGUUACGUCCAACAACCUCUGGCUUCGCCCGCGCCUGGAGCCACCGCAGCCGCGUUCAGUCAGUACCAGCCGCAGCAGCUGCCGACGGACCGCAUGCAGUGAUGUUUGCCGUCUCUGGUCCUGAUGCUGAGAAGAGUCGGUCACCCGACCGUUUCUGACUGUCCACAUUUACUGUGUUAGCCAAAAAGUUACAGGAGAAGAAAGAACUUUUUUAUUCUUUUGUUAUUGUUAUGAUUAUUACUGCUAUUUUAUUUGAAGUAUUUAAUAUUUAUUGCUCAGUGUUAAAGUUAUAGCUCAAAUAUAGCAGUAUGUGUACUGCCAACUGACUGUCCAGCACUGUUUGAUACUUAGGUUGAGAAAUGUCACCACUGAUCUAUUAUACACAAGAAAAAUAUGAUACCCCUAAAAUAAUGACCUCUGAUAA